UCUUAUAAUUUUCUGCUUUCAGUCCGUUUUUUUCGUCCGUAAGUGAUGUUGCGUUGAUGAGAUUCGCCGUCGUUUCGGUAAUUAUUCGGUAAAAUGUACAGACAAGUUGGCUGGGCAUUAGCCAAAAAUAAUAACAGAGCAAAUAUAAACAAGUGCAAUGUAUAAAUAUGCAUAGUGAAAUUGAUAAAGUGCAAUAAGUUUAUAAGCAAAGUAUAUACUUAACAUACAAUAGUUACGAAAAUAGUAAAAGAUUUCACAAAAAAUGCAAGUAACCAAUACAAGUAAAGUUACAAGUGCUGUAAAGAAAAGCUAUAAAGAAAAUUACGAAUAAAAUUUGAAGAAAAGCAAAAAAUUUUCUAGAUGAUUGCUGCAAAUUGGAGUGCGAACUAAUGGAUUAAGCAACAAACCAUACUGCCUGAUCAUAAAUACCUACCGGUCCAAAUAGUGUUAGAUUAAUGAAAUAACUGCUCUUGGUCGGAUAAAAUUCGUGUAAAACCGGCUAUUGUGGGAUAUAAUAUAAGUUACCACAACAGACGGGGCUUCGUUAACUUAAAGAACCCAGAUUUUAAUACACACAAGGACUGUAAUCUUGGAAGCACGUUUUCAAAUUAUUUGGCGAAUUUAUGCUGCCGGUACAAAAAUAAUAAAUAAUAAAAUUCGCUCGCGAUCUAAAUGUACACCAACUUUUGUUCGAUAUAUGCAAACCGAAAAUCACUUAUAACUUUUACUUUUGUUUACACGCGCCGACGUUCUUUAUGACUACAUAUUUGCCUUCACCAUCAUCUCCAUAAAAAGCCGAAAGUGUAUGUAUGUAUAUUCAUACAAACUACGUAAGAUAUAAUUGCGAAAGUGUUUACUCUCCAGCUGGUGUUGGCGAUUCAUUGAUCAUUACUGUUGGCGUAGCGCGACACUCUUUCCACUAUUGAAUAUUUCAUGUACUUAUAUUUCUAUAUCAACUUCAAUUUAUUUGUGUGCUUCCAGUUACAUUUCCAAACAAUAUACUUGUUUUCCAUGCAUUUUUCGUAACCUGCAUGCGAAUUGAAUGAAAAACAAAAAGAAAAAAUUAUAAAUAACAUAAAAAAUAAUUUUAAUCAAAAAAGCCUGCAAGCAAAAAUUAUCGAUAAUUUCGCAAAACGUCAAAUGUGCAAAUUAUAAAUACAUAUUUACAGUUAAACCGCGCUACUGUGAGAGAAAAAGAAAAUAAUUAUCUAAAAAAAGUGCUCUCAUAAAAAUAUUUAUUUAUCUAAUAGAAGCGACCACAACCACCACAGUUAUAAUUGCCAAAGGUAUGCUCCAUAAAAACGACAAUAAUGAUAUAAAUGACAUAAAUUAUGACCCUGUAUUUUUUUUUUCGAAAAUCGAUGUUUGUUUGAAAAUCAAUCGAUUUGCCUGCGUUUGUGUGUGUCUACAAAUAAAAUUCGUUCAUUUUUGUUUCAAAUUUCCGUUGGAGUAAAUCAAAAUUUUUUACUGUUUAUAAAUUAGUGCGUGUCUAGGCAGCGAUUAAUAAUUGACGUUAACGCGCGUUACGUCGCCUAAACGCUUCGCGUCGCGUAGUCUUGUGCAUACACGAUCAGUGCGUGCUUACAAAAUACCGUUACCGUUUGAGCCAGCUUGCAACGGCCAGCGCAUUUUCGCAGCUCCCACAUACAAACAACAGCGAUAUUUGUUCGCUGCAACUGAGUUCGUCGCUUCGUCGAUACUUCGUUUCGUCAUCGAUUGCGUACGCAGCUGCACAGUGUUUGCCGACGGUGAUGAGUUUUAGUUCCUACGCGCUGUCAAAUAUUCAUCACAGCUGAUAGUGAUGAAUCCGAAUCAACACAGUGGGCCCGGUCCACCGUCAGCGAUAGCAACAACAAUAACAACUGCAAUGAAUACAACAGCAACAGCGGCACAGCAUAACUCCUCGUUUAUGGGCGUCGGUGGUGUCGGUGCUGCUGCGAGUCCGGGUGCUUGCGGCUUGGUUGGUAUCGAUCAAGUAGACGCCUCCAUAAUGGCAUCAAAGACAUAUGCAACAAAAUGUGCAACAAUGCCAUCAUCAACAGCAACAACAACAGCAGCAACAACAACUUCAUAUGUGGGUAUGAAGAGUGCUUACGCGGUAGCAACAAAUGGUGUUGGCUACGUUGGCAAUACGUGCGCUGCUAUGCUCAACGGUCAGCACACAAACAACAACUGCAGUAACAACAGUAGCAACAGUAGUAGUAGUAAUUGUAAUGGUAGUAGUGCUAAUGUUAGCAACGUUAGUGUACACAAUCAUACGACGGCACCGCCGGUUGCACGUACCAUCUCGUCCGAUCGUUUGGUGACAGGGCCAUCGUGUAAAGCUCUCAGAACUGCUGUGUCAGCGCUCUACUCUGUGGAUGAUUUCGUCAAGGAGAAAAUCGGCUCUGGAUUCUUCUCCGAAGUGUUUAAGGUCACUCAUCGUACAACUGGUGAAGUUAUGGUGCUGAAAAUGAAUCAGUUACGGGCAAAUCGACCGAAUAUGCUUAGGGAGGUGCAGUUGCUGAACAAAUUAUCCCACCCAAAUAUUUUAAGUUUUAUGGGUGUCUGUGUGCAAGAGGGUCAGCUGCAUGCCCUCACUGAAUACAUCGAAGGCGGUUCGCUGGAGCAGCUACUGGCCAACCAAGAAGCGGUCUUGACUGCUGCUAUGAAACUAAGACUGGCGCUGGGCAUUGCGAAUGGCAUGGCGUAUGUGCACGACGCGGGUAUUUUUCACCGUGACUUAACUAGCAAAAAUGUGUUAAUACGAAAUAUGCCCGAUGGACAAUUUGAUGCAGUCGUAGGCGAUUUUGGCUUGGCGGCUAAAAUACCAGAUAAGCACGGCAAAACGCGCCUCGACACUGUCGGCUCACCUUAUUGGGUAAGCCCCGAGUGCCUCAAGGGUCAAUGGUAUGAUCAGACAAGCGAUGUCUUCUCCUUUGGCAUUAUUCAAUGCGAGAUAAUCGCACGCAUAGUCGCCGAUCCGGAUGUAAUGCCGCGCACUGACGCAUUUGGUUUGGAUUAUUUGGCUUUCGCCGAGCUAUGUCCCAUGGAUACACCUGCUGUAUUUCUACGCUUGGCUUUCUACUGCUGCCUCUACGAAGCCAAAAGUCGCCCGACUUUUCACGAAGCUGUUAAAAAACUGAAGCUAAUAAUGCAGGAUCAUGAGAAUGGCUAUAAUGGUGACUGCAAUUCGUCGCUGAAUACAUCGAGUCAACUAAAUUCACUAGAGUUGAAUGGUUCAGUUAACGGUGCAGUGUCCGAUACUGCACACGACAACUCAACGGCGUGUCACAAAAACGACUGCUUGCGACAAUGCUACUCCAGCUGCACACUACAAAACAACUCCAGUUGUUGUGCUUGUCACAAGAGCACCACUGCGUUGAAAGCGUCGGUCAUUCAAACUGCGCCCGCGGGCACUGCCUCGACGCAAAAUUACAAGGAGUUAGAUGAGAACGGCUUCCGUUUUUCUAACGGUAAAAAUGGCGUCACUAGUGGCAGCACCACACCAUAUGAAACACCGAACGGCUCGUCGACGGAAUACAACGAAUUCGAGGAUCAAGUAUUGGAGACGCGUGUGCGACGUGUCACCAAAAAGCUGGAAGCCGAUCUGCAAUUACAGCAGCAUCGACGCUCGUAUAGUGAAAAUAUUAUACAUUUUCCGCUGCACACCACGCCGAGUGACAAGGCGCGCUGUCAUCAAAUGCAACGGCAACGCUCGUCCACACACUCACCAACACCGCCCGCCUUGUCGCGCAUAAAUGGUGGCAGCGAGAAGUCCACACAACCGCCAUAUGUUUGUGUCGCAACUGUGGAUGUCACACAAGUGCCGACACCUGCUAUAAAGCCACCGACGCAGCAAACAGCCGCACUGACAUUGCGUAAAGUUGCCGAGACUAUGUGCUUGAAGGAUCCACACUACAAACCCAUCCGUUCCGAUCACAAUGGCGUAAAGAGUAAUCCUUUCACUACGCUGGCACAGUUGCGUGGCGUCAAGAAGAUACUCGGCGCUAAUCCGAAAACGUACGCCGCCGGUGUGGGUGAUCUGUUUAGUUCGUGUUUUGAAAUGUCCGCGCCGUUCUUCAAAGAAUUGGCAGCCGAGUUGGCGAAAAGCACAAACAAACAAGUGACAACGAGUGAAGUUGGCUGUGCGGUGGCCGCGCGUUUAAGCGCCGGCGGUGUUGGUCGUGGUUUGCCCGCUACCCCAAAUGAACCAAAGAGCUUACCCUCGUCGCCGCAAUUGACGCGCAAAUUCAGCGUUAGCGAACUGAAAGCAACGGCACCUUGUUCCGUUUCGGCUACAGACUCGUCCGUGGUCGAAGAUGACGACGACUGCGAUGACUGUGCAUCCGACGGUGAGCCCGAUGGCGAUGGUGGCGGCAACUGCGCCGAUGCCGAGUCAAGUAGCGAUGAUUGCGCUGAGCCACGCGCGCUGCACUUGUCAACGCCUGCUGCGCGAAAAUAUCGCGCCAAUUCGCUUUACACGCAUCCGCUUUUCAUGUGCAGCAGCGGGAAUGGCAAUGUCAACAUCGAUGAGGCUACAGCCGCUGCAAACGCGUUGGCGGCGUCAACAACGGCAUCAGCGACGACUAUAUGUACCCCGGCGUCGUCAGCUUUGACUGUCGAUUGCGGCAACAGCACAGUUUAUUCCACGUCAGAGGAUGGCUGUGAGGAGCCCGAUCCACCUAAAAUAAAAAUAUCGAACAAUAUUACAGCAUUAGCUGUUUCAUUGCCUACACCACCACCACAACCACAAAUAGCUUCAUUGGUUGCCACACCGGCCUCCGUUUCGUCAUGUCCCGACUUUGAGCUACAUGAAAUUAAACCGUGUGAUUUGCUAACGAAUAAAGGUACUUUAACCCGUCGUGAUUCCAUCGAGAGCGGGUUUUAUUCGUGUUUCAAUGAAGACACUGAUCCGGCCGUCAACAACUCGACCACAUAUGUCACAGCCACGGCAGCUUCGACCACCUCUAUCGAUAUGGGUCUAAUGAAUCGCUUAGCGCUCGACUCGGGCAUACACUCGGUGUUGCAACGCAACAAUUUCGCUGUCAAUCAAUUGCUCUACUGCAAAAAUCGUACCUCAUCCAUUUACACAGACAGUUCCGAUGACAUCAGCAGUUUGGCCGGCUCCGAUUCGUUGUUAUGGGACGAUCGCUCCUUUACCGCUAUACCCAGUACGCGUUCGGCACAAAUUGCAACAAUCGUUGAAUAUUUCGAACGUAAGCGACAAGUACCUGAUGACAUGGCGCCGCCUGGGCGUGGCGCAUUUCUACGCAGCGGCUCUACGAGCGCCAGCGGCAGCGCACACACAACAAGUACGUCAAAUAGUGCCGCAUCCACGGCUGCUGCCGCUGCCAUGGCAGCUACCAGCUCGUAUGGACUCAGCAAUUUGGCUACGUACGAUAUGCGACGCUACACCGACUUCAAACGGCAUGCGGCGUUAAGUUCGGAUUAUGAGGCAUUCUGCUUCGAACUGGAUAAGAAGCCGGCGCAGCAGCGUUUGACAGUGUGCGAGGGUGCUGUCAAGUCCAAGCUGCAAAUAUUCGAUAAAACGAAGCAACAACAGCAACAGCGUAUGCAGCAGCAGCAGUCGCAGCCGCAGCAAGCGUCAUCAGCAACGCAAGCGCAUUCGUCUAGUAGUCUGACGAAUGGUGUUGCCACAACGAAGUAGGGCGUAAGGCGGCAAGUAGAGAGUGCUUAUUUAAUGACACUGUGUUUUAAAAUCGCUGACAGCCGCGAAUAUGGCGUUUUAAUUUGUUUUUCUGCAAUUUCAUUACACAUUUUUUCAUCUUCACUUCACAAUUGUUAUAGUUUAGUGUGGUUUCGAGAUGUUGGCGCAAAGUUGCAGCUGCUCUUAAACAAAAUAGGCCGAACUUUAAAUAAUUUGUAUAGUUGCUUGUGGCAGCGAAAGUGAGGCGUCAAAAACUAAACCUAAAAAUAGAAAAUAUAGAAAUAUAAUACACUUUGAAUUAUUGGUGAAUUUAUAUAUUUAAACAUAUACGAGCGCGACGGAUCUGAUACGUUGUUUUUUUUUUUUAGAAAAACCUGUGCAAACUACUCUGUUACUACUAUAUUGGAAAAAAUAGUCAACGCAUACAAAACCCACCUUUGACAAAAACAAAAAUUUAGUUUUCCACAACCUCACCUUUAAUUCGUAUUAAUAUAAUUUGGUCAAACACCAGGACGCCAAUGAAAUUUUUAAAACAAUACAAAAUUUGCAAAAAACAAAAAAGUUUUUCAUAACCUCACUUUCUAUUUGUCUUAAAAAAUUUUGUCAAACGCCAAUUAAAUCUUAAAAGUUAUACAAAAUUGUUUUCUAAGCCACAUAAAUAUUUAAUUUUUUUGUUUUGCGAUACGCUUAAAUUCAAAAACAGCAUAACUCAAAAAUGCAGCAGCCACCACAAAGUAUAACAAUUCAAAAAACUAAGCAGCUGCAACUUUCCCUAACCAAAUUGCCACUCAAAAAUUUGAAAAAUAAAACAGGAAUAAAGUUUUGCCAACAACCCAACACCUAAACUCCCAUCGCUUUUCAAUAUAUAUUCUUAUAUCUUGCAAUGUCAUUUCAUAUCAUAAUUAGAACAACGAAAACUAAUGUUGUUUUACCUACUUUUUUGUUCUGUUAUGUCAUAAAAUUAUUUGUUAGUACAUAUAUAUAAAGAGAAAAUGCGCUAAAACAGCAGUAAAGCGUAAGAAAUCACUAACUAUUUAAGUUUACACAAUAUACAAAUAUAUAAAAUAUCAAUAAUUUAAAUUGAAAAUUAAAAUAAAAAAAUAAAAUACAACUAUAUCUUCCUGUUCACAAUACAUAUACAUAUAUAUAUAGUAUAUACCCAAUUAUAAAAACCGAUAUAUGAGAAAUAAAGUUUUGUACUCGUUAAGUGGUGAACACACAACACAAAAAUGAACGAAGCAUUAAUUGUGUCCUGUAAAAAAUAUGCAAAUAUAGCGAAUGAGUUGAAGGUGAAAUGAAAAUAAUACAAGUGAAAGCCAAAAUAUUCUACUAACGUUUUAAGUAAGCAAAGAAAAAGAAAGAAAAACGAUCAUAAAAAAAAGUAUGAAGAGUUAAAAGUUGUUAAGCAAAUACUUUUUAUCACAAAAAGAACGAAGAAAAAACAAAAAAAAAAUGAAAUGAUGUAAACAAUUGUUGAAGGUAAGGAAUGCAGUAUUAAAAGAGAAGAAAAAAAAAAUUAAUUAAACAUACAUAUGUAAAAAGAGAGUGCAUUCUGAUAAUGGCAAUUUUAAGACAAAACAAAUAAGUAGUUUAAGUUAUUCUUUUAUUUAUUAUUGCUGUUUAUGAUUAAUGCACGUACGCGUGCUGGUUUCUUAAAAAAAAUUUUUUUUUCAGAAACAAAAAAACUUAAAACAAUAAUAAUUAAGCGAAACAGCUCGUGAAUUGUGUUUAGUAAAUUAAAACUUUCGUUUUUUAAUAUAAAGAAUUAUAAACAAACAAAUGUUGAAAAUGUUUGUCGUCAUAUCUAAUGUUGGCUGCUCCCAGUAAUUAUGAACAAAAUAUAGAUAUUUAUUCAGUCACUUAGCGGUAAAUACCAUUUGAGUUAGUUUUAGUGGCAUACACUUUAUUUUUUAUGCAACUGCAACGAACAAAUGCCGUUAUUAAUGAGCACUAAUAAAAUGGCCUGCAGUAGCGAUGUUCAUGUUUCCUAGUCCUUUACACUAUAUAAUUUCAAUUCUAAACUUUUUAAAUUUAAUAUUUAUGCUGUUAUUGUUUUUUAUGAACAGAUUUUGUUUCUAGACGCCACAAAAAAAAAAAAAAUAAAUAAAUAUUUGUAUAUAGAAAACAUGAUUAUGAUUAAUUUUUUUAUUUUUAUUAAUUUCGUUUGUUUAUGUGCCGUCAUUUGAAUGAAAUUUAGACGGGCCACUUACAUUUUGAAGUUUGUAUACUCUAAUGGCAAAGCUAUAAACAAAAAUUAAUUAUAUAAAUAAUUAAUGAAUACACGUUUUAAGUAUUUAUUUGCGCGCUCUAAACAUGUUUUUGCUAAGUUAUAAGUUCUUUAAUUAUUUUUUUUCGUAAAUUUAAUUUGUAUUAAAAUAAUAUUAAUUAAAAGCGGUGAUUUGUAAAGAAAUUUUUAUUAGUGAGAGGCAAAUUUCAUUUGCAAAAAACACUUCAACUGCAUAAAAACAAAUAACUUUUAUUAUAGAAAAUAUUAAUAUUUGUAAAAAAAAUAUUUGAUUAAAAGUAGAUAUUUUGGUAAAAUAAUAUUUUGUUAAAAACAAAAAUAAUUUUGGUUAAAAAAAAAUAAUUUGGUAUGAAAAGAAUACUUUUGCUUAAAAGGAAUUGUUAUAAAAAAUAGUUUUAUAAAUUUUUUAUCCUUUAACGCAAGCAUAAAAUGCGUGGUGUAGCUAAUAUCGUGAAAUUUCAAGCAGCAGCGUUUAAAAAAUUUAAUAUUCAUAGCUGAAGUAAAUAUAAUGAAAU